AUCAGUCGUAACGUGUUACUUGCAUCGGUAACUUCAACUUCCGAAACCAUCGAAAAAUUUAACGAUUUAAAAAGUAGUGAACAUUUCUUCGUAGCGAUCGCUUAUCACGACAAAAUCGUGCGUUCAAUUAGCGCGAUUGAAUUUGUUCCUUUUUUUUGUUUCAAUUUGUCAAGCAAUCAACGGAAAUUGUUCCACGCAAACAAAACCCACACGCGCCGAAAAAAAAACGCAAAAAACGGCACAGUUAAUGAAUUCGAAAUAAAUUAAAAUGUGAUAGAAAAGACAAUAAGUGACAAGUUUCACUUGCCAAAUACAACGAAUUGGAUUUUUUUUUAUUUCAUUUUAAAAGUUAAACUUUGAUUGUAGUGAUAGAUCCAAAUGUAAAUGUUACAGGUUAUUGUGGCAAUUAAUAAAAUUAGAUCAGAAAAUAGCCGCUGUUGAUAUGACAAUGUGUGUGCCUUGAGUUAAGUGGACAAAUUAAUUGUGACGCGAACCAAACCAGAUUGUCAAUCAAUAAACGAAAAGUGGUGCAAUUUCAAGCAGUCAAACCACAAUUCAACACAUUGCCAAUGCUAACGGAGCACACAUUUGUUACUUGCGUGAUUGCAGUUGAGAGUAAGAGCAAAUAAUAAUAAUAAAAAAGAAUCACGUUGGAAUUAAUUCAAAAUUAAAAGGCUUGGGAUUAAAAGUUCCACACCCACAUAAUUGGUAUAUGCGAGUGUAAUGUGCUUUAGUGAGAUGAAAAUUCAACUGCAACCGAAACGUUCUCUGUAAAAGAUUAAUGCCGAAAUUAUAAUCAACCUGUAACUGAUUCUUUCCCCUUCAGUGAAGUGAUUAAUGUGCUGACUUUCGCUGUAAAUCGCUUUUUUUCGCAUUCGAAACGAAGUGGAAAAUAUAUUUGUGUUUUUUACGACUUCAUCAGCAAUUUCAUGCUGUUGGUUUACAGUUUUAUGCUCUGUGUAUAUGUUUAUAUUUGUGGAUUACUGUCAACUACGCGCUGAUACAUGCAGGUUAUUUCGCUGUUGAUUGCACUAAGUAAGGUCAUGGUAUUUUAGUUGAAACAAAGUAUCAUUCUACCGAUAAAAUUACUGUCAUUGGCGAAACUGACAUUGUUGCCGUCCAAUAACACGUUCGAGAAAAUAAGUAAAAAAACGAAACAAAUAAAAAUAAAAUGAUUGAAGUGCCAUCGUCAGCUGACAAUGAAUCUAAUUCCAAUGUGUUGGCCGUUCAAACGUACUCGGGAUUGCAUUUGGAACCACCUCAAACACUGAACGUGAUUGAAGUCGAUGGUGACGUCGAACCGGUUACCAAGGAAGAAGAAGUUGUAACAAAGAAGAAAACCGAAUUAACAACAACGCGGCAAAUUGAGACGAGAGUGAAACGGCAAAUCGUAUUAGAAGAUGGGAAAGUUAUUGAAGACUCUGGCCCGAUUGUUGAAACAAACACCACCGAAGACACAAACAAACAAGAAAGUGAAUCAGUUGAGCGUCUGAAGCCAGGUGAAGACGAUGUCGAUGGACCGAAAGCAAUCGAACAUUUUCCAUCGGAUAAAGAUCAAACAGUAAUAGAAUAUGUUGGCGAUGACAGUAAAUACGGCAUUGAUGAAAGUGCGCCCACAGUGCUUGCACCACGUGAUGGUCUUGUACGUGAAAUGAAAACCAAAAAAGUCGUUUCACGCGAAGAGAUACAAGAACGAACCGAAACAGAAGAUGUCAAGCAUCUGGGAGACUUCUCAGACGAGGCAUACGUCAACGCAGUAAACAACGGCGUCGAAAUACAGGAAUUGCUAUCACCGGAAGCACAAAAGCAGCUAAUACCAACGGGGCCCCGACUUAUUCAUCACUCAACGAAGGCACGAAAAAUAAUCGAUACCGAAGACACCGAUUUGAAAUGUUCAGCACAACCUGAUGGCACACUAGUUACAGAGAAAAGACAAACAACUGAACACGAAGAAUUUCACGACGACGAAUUGCCCGAGGCAGACGAUCAUUCCACUGGCAGUCGAGAGCGCGUCGAACACAAGGAAUCAUCGCAACGAUUCUCAAAGCGUCGUGAUGAACAAGAAGUAGAGUAUGUGGCUGAUGGUAAAACAAUUGGAAAAGAAAUGAGAUAUCUAGCUGAAACCGAGGACAUCGAGCGGUCGGGUCCGAAAGAGGAUGCAUCUGAUUGGGACAGUUUAUCGGAUCGUGUGCGCAAAGCGCGUCGUCAACAGAAAACUUUAUUACAACAACAUCGAGAAGCGUUUUUAGAACGAGAACGUAAGGAUCGUGCAAUUGAUUUUGAAAAAGAAGAAGAGACUCGCAAAGAUGAGACCAUCAAGUGGCUGCAAAGUCAUUUUGGCAGUAGUGAUGGCCGAUCGCCUGAUUCGACAGAAGAGGAAAGCGAAAAGAAGGAAUCUUUCUUCAACGUUACUAUCAAAUCAAAUCAUGCGUCGCCUGUGUCGGCCGACGAGCCAUUGCCGACCUUGAGCAACGGUGUCUAUCAUUCAAACAUUAAGCCGAAGGAAGCGCCAAAACCUCAAAAAUAUUUCCAAGGUAUUACUGGGUGGUCUGAACGCAAAGAAACCACACCGCGCAAAUUCUCUACGAAAACAUUCCAAGAUGAACUGAAGGGUACACUAGAACGUAACCGCUUGCGUCAUGUAUCUUCACGAGAAGAUUUAAUUGCAAAUCGUUAUAAAGAGGAUAUUGUGAAAUCGGAUGAUGAUACACGCAAGAAAAAUAUCAAAACCGACAAUCGAUAUGGAUCUCGCGGCGAUUUAAAGACACAAAAAGAAGACUUGGGCUAUAUGAGUGGUUCACGCACUGACAUUCGACCGCGACACGAUUCAAAAGAAGAUCUCUAUGCCAAAUCGAAAAAGCAACAAUCAAGCUAUUUGCAUCGCGAAGAUUCCGGUUACGUUAAAGGUUCAACCGAAGAUUUGCGUUAUAUACGAAAUACGCCGAUGCGUGAGGAUUCGUUCAUCAGAGAUAGUGGCGAAGAAGAGAAACUCUACAAAGACCCCGUUAAAUACAACACAUCGACAAUUCAACGAGAUGAUUCGGCCUAUGUUUCAUCAUCUACAUACUUUACAGAGCCUCGAUCACCAAAAACGGUGCCAUUAUGUACACCUGAUAGCGGUAUCCGAAGCCCAACGCCCGAAGCGUAUGAUCCCGACCUAGUUCGACCGACAGUGCCACAACGAAAACGCGAAAAGAAAAUGCGUAUCAUUGAAACAACACCACGUGAUUUUGAGCCAACGCAUCGUGAACCGGCGCCCGACUAUUCACCACCAAAUCGCAGCCGUUCAAUUUCACCGGUCCCAUCGCCAACCACACACUAUCGCAGCAAUCCGAAGAAAAUGUAUCAGAAAACACGAUUUGCAUCGUCAUCUGAACUUUCGCGACCCAUAUCAACGCAUACAAUUGAAACACAAACAACACCGAUCAAGAAGAACACGGUUGGUGCGACGAUCAGCAAUUCUCUACGCAAAUUAGUCGGUAAAAUUCGUUCGGCAAGUGUAGACCGAAAAUCGAAAACGAAAGCGAAACAGCCAUUGUCACCGCAAAAUAGCAAACAAUCGGUGAAGCACCAACAACAACAACAGCAGCAGCAGCAGCAACCAUUCGGUCGUGUGAAUGGCGGUUCAACGUAUCAACAGUAUAAUGUGAUCGACAAUCACAUUGGGCAAACAUCGUUGUCAACAGCGCCACUGUCAAGCAAUCGUGACUCAAGCAUUGUGAGCAGUAGACGUGGUGGUGGUGAGCGCACAAUCGAUCGUAGAAAUUUAUCGGAAAAUAAAACAAUGACAGCUGCAGUAGAUAAACCAAAAUAUUAUUUGGGAGAAAAUCCGUACCUUGGAAGUAUUUAUGGCAAGGAAAACAAGUACGAAGGAACACAACGUGCACAACGAUAUCAAUCACAACGCCAACGUUCAGAAGACGUUGAUGUCUACAGUCCAAACAGACACCAGUCGUCAAAUUCAGCGAAUACACUGGGACGGUUCAGUAAGAGCACAAAUCGAUUGCAGACAUCUCCAUCACAUUUGGACUAUGAUUAUCGCAGUGCACAGACAUUGCCACGUAAAUUGGAACACAAGCCGAUGCAUUCGUCUGCAAUUAAUAUUGCGAUUGUGAACAAUGCACGAUCACCGUCGACGUCACAAGGACCACAAAAACCGGCUCGAACAUACAAGUCGAUCAAUCGUAGCAAAAGUUUUAAUGUGCACGGUUUGAAUGGCACAAACAAUCCUAGUCCGAUUUAUAUGGAAAAAUUGAAUCGCAGCAACAUCAGCCAUCAUUAUCGAUCAAAUCCCCAUUUGAAUGAGGAUAAAACUCAAUUACGCAGUCCUUCCAUUGUAAAUUUGAUUAGUCGAAGUCAACGUGAUUUGAGUAAAAUCGAUGAAAAUGGUUUCGGAAGCAGCAAUCCCAUUAGUUCGAGUACUUAUGAUGUACGUCGAAAUGGAUAUCAUCGCAACUAUUCGCCCAAUCAUUAUUCAAAGAAUAUUCCAGUUGAUCGUCGUGCCCAUUCAUUAUUGCGAACAACAUCCGAUAAUUAUCGCACCCAAAUGGACUCAUCGCCACAUCACAAUGGACAUUAUAAAUAUGGUUUGGAACGGAAUUUGCAACGUGAACGCGAAUCAUCGUUGGGCUCACGCUCACCACUUACCAUCAAUAAAGAUACAGCUGCCAUAAUACGACGCAACAGCUCAAGUACGGAAGACUAUUCAGAAACAUAUAAAACAACAUCACGAUCAGAUGAUCCAUAUCGUCCGAGCAUUACAAACACUGUACAUAAUUUUACAAAAAAAACACAUCCGUCGAAAAAUGGACGCGGACCGGAAACAAUCGAAACAUCAGAACGAAAAUCUGUGACAACUAGUCGAUAUCGCAAUGGUGAUUAUGCAUCCAAUAAUUUACGUUAUGUGCCCGAUCGUGAAAUAAGAAAAAAUUCGGCUAGCCCAGUGGUCAUUGAAGUGCGUAGAAAGUGAUUUGGAAACAACACAAAAAGGAAGAAAUUCAUGUGACAAAAUGAAAUGCAAUUUUUAAUUCGUUUUUCUAAUAAAAACAUUAAUUUAAAACUUACAAAAUUUUCACAAACACACCUCUAACAUUGGAAAUUGUCUUUGAGUUCAUUUGGUGCAAUUCCAAAUAAACGUUCAAAUGUCGUUUCUAACUUCCCCACUCCCUUCUUAUUCGUCAUCUCUUCUUCUUCUUCUUGAUCUUCUUCCUUGUUCACACAAUUUUUUAAUUUAAAUGAAUUUCCAUACACUAACUAUUUUAAUAUAAAACAAAAUUUGGUUCUUAUUGCAUGGUAAAUGACCUUGUGCAGCUGAAUUAAACGUAUUUAAUUAUUUGAUAAACAAUCACGAAAUGGACUAACGAAAUUAACUUCAAAUAUAAUUUUCGUAAUAUUUGGUGUUACGAACAUCUAAAGGAAAAAUCAGAAUAAUAACCGAUUCUAAUUGGAUUGUGAGCGGAUUUUAUGGAAAUGAGUCAAUUGUAAAAUAUUCCAGAUUAUAUAAUGAAAGUCCAUCGAAAGUAGCAAAUACAUUGCAUGACAAAUAGAAACGACAAUCAAUAACAAAGACUUCAAUACGCUUGCAACUACAAUAUUCCCCACAAAAAUUGAUUUUCCGUAGUUAAAAACAAGAGUUCUAACGACUUUUGAUUAAGAAAAAAAAA